AUCAGGUGAUCGGAUCCCGGGCCGCUGAUUGGCGGGGAGGCGGAGGGGAAGUCGGCGGCCGGUCCCGGGUCAGAGUCGAGGGUGCCAUGGGGGACACCGACCUGGAAUACAGUAUCCUCUUCCCGGAGCCUGGCCUAGCAGGUUCUCAGUGGGACCACCAGAGGGAGCCGGUGGUGAUUCUUCUAGGCUGGGCGGGCUGCAAAGAACAGCACCUGGCUAAAUACAGCUCCUUCUACCAUAAGCAGGGCUGCAUUGUCAUCAGUCACACGGCGGCGUGGAGGACGGUCUUCUUCUCGGAGUCGUUCGGCUUGCGCCACCUGCAGGAGGAAGCGAAGAAGCUCCUCAGUCUCCUCUAUGAUUAUGAGGUGGAGGUGAACCCCAUCUUGUUCCACGUCUUCAGCAAUGGCGGCUUCAUGCUGUACCGCUACGUCACGGAGCUGCUGCACUCCGACCCCCGGAUGACGGAGCUCCGCGUGGUGGGAACGACCUUCGACAGCGCGCCGGGAAACCGCAACAUCUACGGCUCGGUGCAGGCGCUCAACACCAUCCUCCGACCCGGCACCGGCUGGCCCCUGCGGUACCUUCUCCUGGCGGCCUUCGCCAUCGCCAUCUUCAUCCUCCGCAUCGUCCUUUACCCGAUGACGCGCUUCCUGCACGAGAAUCACUACGACGCCAUGAAGAGAGACCCCUCCCUCUGGCCGCAGCUCUACCUCUACUCCCGCGCCGACCGCAUCAUUUCCUACCUGGACGUGGUGGGCGCGGUGAGCGCGCGCCGCCAGCGCCGUCUGCCCACCGAGAGCGUGGACUUCCAGAAGUCCGAACACGUCAGCCAUUUCCGCCGCUACCCGGAGAAGUAUUCCGGGGCCUGCGUCAACUUCCUGAGGGACUGCGUCAACCGCGCGGCCAAGUCCGCCUUCAUGAGUGAGCACCCCUCGUUUUAGGAAAGGGCCCCCCUCAUUGGCUGGGAGGAAGAUCCUGCGGAGGCACACGUCACUUCCUGUCUCCGCCUCCUCUGUUCUAUGCACGAGACCGCUUCCUGUUAUCAGUUCACCCCGGUUCCUUUGUUGUAUUCCACUCCAUGCUUUCUGGUUUAUUUCUAUGCCAAAGACUCCGCCCCCCCUUCCUCCUCCCACACUAUGAUGAAAUAUAAGAGAUAACUUUAUCGACCAAUAACCAGAAUAGCACAUAAAAACGUCCUAGUGAUGUCACCUGCUGGUCUUUGGUGGGAGGGACCAAAAGACUCCUCCUACCCCCCUCUCUCCUCCCACACUAUGAUGAAAUAUAAGAAAUAACUUUAUCGACCAACAACCAGAAUAGCACAUAAAAGUCCUAGUGAUGUCAUCUGCUGUUCUUUGGUGGGAGGGACCAAAAGACUCCGCCUACCCCCUCUCUCCUCCCACAUUAUGAUGAAAUAUAAGAGAUAACUUUAUCGACCAAUAACCAGAAUAGCACAUAAAAGUCCUAGUGAUGUCAUCUGCUGUUCUUUGGUGGGAGGGGCCAGCAUGUAUGUUAUACACGGCAGGGGCAGGGAGAUCGCCUGACGCCUCCCCUAUGCGGACCUCCUUUGUAAUAUAAACACACGGGCGGGAACAGACGAAGGUCAUUGACUCUCGUCACCCAUGUGUGGAGGCGGAGUCUCUGGGUGUGGAGGCGGAGUCUCUGGGACUGUGAGGAGGCGGAGUCUCUGGGACUGUGAGGAUUAUUAUCUUAUCUCAUUGUAUGUACCGGGGGCUCGGGGGACUCCUUGGGGUCUAUGGCCCGGAUUCAGUAACAAUUGCACUUUUUUUUACGGAGGCGCAUGGCAACGUUUUUGGCCUG